AUGGAGCCCCUCAUUGGGGGUCCGACUUCUCCCUUUCGCGCGAAUGCAAUUUCGGCUGCUUCUUCGAUUCUUCCAGAGAGUCAGCAGCCACGGGAGCUAAGCGAGUUUUCCUUCUACAAGGCAGUCAAUCCAGCAGACAAAGCUCUCCACAGCACAUACAGAAGACGAAAGAGGAGCGCUGAAGCGACAAAGCUUAAGUUCCUUUCCUUCUCGGAAUUUCCUGGUCCCCUCUCCGCAAAGGCGUUGAGCAGCCCUCAGCGCUCGUUGCUAAUUGACAUUUGGGGACACCUCUUCAGGCGCUGCUUCGAUGACUCCGUGAAAAUAACGGCAGAGAACGUUAACGACGAAGUUCCCAGACUGUUCAAAGAGAUCGGAUAUCCGUUCCCCAUCAGCAAGAGCGCGAUGCUAGCGCCAGGGACCGGCCACCAAUGGCCCCAUCACCUCGCAGCUUUGAGUUGGCUUUGCGAGCUGCUCAUCUACGAGAACGAGUUUUUUUUCCAAGAAGAGGAGAUCGCAGACUUUUAUGGUUACGGCCUGCGGCAAAAAAUUCGAGGCUUUUUCGACGGGGUGUCUGUACAGGGUCGCGGUGACGUGGUCGGUCGCUUGGUGGCAUCCGCAUAUCCGCAACUCGGGCGGGAUCCUCAGGGCCUAAAGGCCUCUGUGUUGAGGCAGCUGCAUACGAUGAACGCUGAAGCGGAGGCAGCGCAGCAGCAGGUGCAGCAACAACUCCAGCAGCGGCAGCAGCAGCUCGCAAGAGUCGAAGGAGAGCUCCGUGAUAACGCCUCGCUCAUGGAGUCCAUAGAGCAGCUGACUAAAGAAGCUGACGACCUGCGCGCCAGCAUAGCUGAAACGAAAGCCGAAAUUUCUCACCAGUUCUUUCCUCUGUGGUGGCUAAUUAAUCGUGGAUGCGACCGCUGCUGUGGGGGGGUUCAGGAUGGGCACGCUGCAGCAGCUGCGGCAGAGCGAGAUUUGCUGCUCCAACAGCAGAAGGGGGUUCUUGCGGAAGUGAGGCAACUGGAGGAACGUAUCAAGGCUCAGGGGAUCGACAAGGCCGAAGUCGAGCAGAUUCGACACGACAUCUCCAGACUGCGGGAGGGUCUUGCUCACCGAACGAAAGAGAUAGAAUCCCUCAACGAGGCCGUCCAGGCCCUUAUCGAUCAGUCGGUUGGUGCUGCGGGCUCUCUGUUUCUCGCUCUGCAGGUGAACGAAUGCAUCAGCAGCAUGAGCCAGCUCGCGGUGUCUGUAAAGCUGCCAACUGCAGAGGCCUGGAAUGCGCUCCCAAGGAUGACGCCUGCCGCUGGGGGUGCUGCAGCUGCAGCCGACAGGAUCGCAGAGGCGGCAGCGGCCGCUGCCGCAUGCGAUGUGAAGCGUGCAACAAACGGAAUUGUCAGUUGA